CAGUUUUGAAUGGUUGAGAGUGAGGAUUUGGAGCCACUCGGUGAUUGUGCUUGUGAAUAACAGCUGGAGCUGGGCACGAUGGGUGCUGUGCUCAGUGUGCAUCCAGGGUUGUGGGUUCUUCCUUUGGAGCCACACCACGGAAUGGUUUGGGCUGGAAGGAUCCUAAUAAUGCCAUCCUAAGGCUACAACAACUCCUGGCUGUUCCCUUCCCUGGCUCUACUUCCAGGCAGGGUUGUGCCCUAUGGUUGGGUGUCACUCCUCUCCACACACCAGCUGUGCCUGUCCUGUGCAGGAGGUUGUUGUAGGAGUUGUACCCCAUGAUCAUUAUGGGUCCCCUCCAACUUGGGAUAUUCUGUGAUUUGGUGCUGCCCUACCGUUAUCCUUCAGCCCAGCUCCAUCCAACUGCUCCUGUGUAUUUUUGGGGAAAGUACCCCAAGAUAACCUUGUGAGGCACACAGCCCUGCACAGAUUCAGCUGCACGCAGUGUUGGCUAGGGAGUAGUCAUGUAGUCAUGAGAGAUGGAGAUGGCUCAUAGCCCACAGGUCCCAACCGCUCGUGGUUCCAGGAGCUGUGUUUCCAAAAAAACUGAGCUGCCCAUGUACUGCAAGAGAAAAUGGGGUCAGCCUGACAGCAGUGUGAGGAUGGGCAGGAUGUGUGAUGGGCAUUUGGUGUCGCUCCCAUUCCAAUGGGACAAAUGGGAUGGUGCCUUACGCCCCAGUAGAAUUUUACCACCAAGGUACCCCAGUGGGAAGGACCUUACUGCCCACCCAACCCCUCCAUGGCGGGGGCACUCCCAUAGACCUCAGCCCCAUCCAGCCCGGAUGAGAUGGGGCGCCCACCCUUCUCCGGGCAGCUGUGCCAGGGCCUCACUGCCCUCACAGUGAAGGAUUCUUUCUGGUAUCUAGCAUCAAUCUUCCCCCUUUCAGUUCGGAGCUUUGGUUUGCCAUGGCCAUGGCUUCCCUGGUGCUGCGUGUCCUUCCAGCGACAGCUCCUGCUGAUGGAUCACCAUCGUGUUCCCGGCUCGCCGUGUUCCCUCUGCCGGCCAUUAUUCACCCGCUUAUCGCUGAGGCUCUUCACAACAACUUCCUCUUUUGGGGGGACAUAAAUCCCACAUUAGCUCUGAUGAAAGGUACAGGCUGUGCCAUCGCCUGAUGUUUGUGCUCAGAUCCUUGUCACUGCUUUGUCCCUGCCCUGAGCAUCCCAUCGCUGCCUCCAGCAGCAGCACAUGGGCACCGAGCACAGAGGAUGCUCAGAUGUCCCUUUUGCGAGUGCGAUACCCCAUGCUGAAAGCUCUGCUCCAGCACUAAAGUGCUGCUUCUAGGAAAUUCCCUGUAUGAUCUUUCUGCGAAAUGCUGACUUUGUAGCAGCUCUGGCUCAGGGGAGCUGCUUCCUCUCCUGCGGUUGUUUUUGAGCCUCCCCAUGGCCCCAGUGGGACUCACUCAGUGGUGUGUGUCCCCUACCUGGCUGCCCUCAGCCCACGGUGUGCCCCAUUGGUUUAGGCCAACUCUUGGGAUGUCCUCAGCCCAUGGUUUUCCCCAUUGGGUUGGGCCAACUCUUGGGAUGCCCUACGCCCACAUCACUGCUGCACCUGCUGGCCCCAUUGGAGCGUGGGUUGGUCCAGUUGGAGCCUCUCAGCAGGCUGCUGGUGACUUGUCCUCACGCAUGCUAUCAGCACUGCUUGGGCUCAUCCAUGUCCUGGCUGCACGAAAGUAAUUGCAUUACCCCAUAACUCCAUUAGUGACCCCAUUAGCAACCCACGGUGACGCAGCCGUGCGUGUUGGGGUGCAGGAAGGCAGCUGGGUGGCCUUGGUGACGGUGACCAGCACACUGUGUCCCCACUGCUCUGGUGAUGUUGGGGCCAUGAUGCUGACGUACUGCAGCCAGUGCCUGCUUCUGCCAAAUGGGCCUUAAUUUGGGAGCCCUGCUCACAUCCUCGGGGCUCUUCUCUGUCUUCGCUGCUGCCUCUGGUUGUCAAGGCAGGAAAUCAGAUUUUCCCCCGCUUCUCUCAGGUUCGUUAAGUGAAACAUAUCCUCCCAGGAGGAGGUUAUGGCACAUAAUGCUCUGUAAGCGCUCGGCUGAUCCGUUGUAAUUCAUCCCAUCUGCCUGCCACAGCCGGCCACCUUCUUUCCUGGCCCCUACUCAGGGCAUCGGGUCCCAAAGAGCCCCUGUGGGGUUGUUUUGGUUCUUUCUCUUGUGGCUUUCUGGACAUGGGGGAUGUGUGGAUGGUGCACCCUACGGAUGAUGUGUCUCAUGGCUGGUGUAUCCUGUGCUGUGCAUCCCACAGCUGGUGUGAUCCAUGUGUGCCGUGUCCCGCGGUUGAGUCCCAUGGGUUGUCUAUCCCAUGGAUGAUGCAUUCUAUGGUUGGUGCAUCCCAUGGAUGCUGUAACCCACUACUGAUGUGUCCCGUAAGUGGUGCACCCCGUGUGUGCUAUAACCUAUGGUUGGUGCAUCCCCGUGGUUGAUGUGUCCCAUGAAUAUUAAGAGCAGCCAACCAAAAACAUCCUUUUCCUAUCAGAGCUGGGUCAAAUGUGAGCCAGGGCCGAUUUCACAUUAAUCCUACUAAAAUCCAGGCAUUUAACAAAAAGGAGCUGUGUGACCAGCCUUAAAAACCAACCGAGGGAUGGGGUGCACCUCCAGCCACCCAUGGGCACAGGGCAGCUCCCGGGGCGUGGGGAAGGGGACGGAGAGGCCGGGGUGGCUCAGCUGCUGUGGGCACAGGUGCCGUGUGGUCCCCUCCCUCGCCGCAGCCCUGCCAAGAAUGUGUUCCCUCGGCGUGGGCUGACAUCACCCGCGGAGCACUGCUCUCUCCAAGCGCGCCCGGCAUCCGGGAGGUGUUGGCUGCAGGGCUGUGCUCCACACACACGCACACACACACAUGCACACACACACACACAAGCUUUUGUUCAUGCCUCCUCCUGCCCACUCCAUGCCUUUGGGGUGGUCCCCAGCAGGGCUGUGCAGAUCCAACUUUUGCUCUGGGUGUUCCCCAUUUGGUGGCUGUGCUCGCUCUUCCCCAUCCUUUGGGGUCUGAUCUGUGCCUUAGCAUCCUCAUAUCCAUCCAGAUGAUGCACGCUGUACCCCUCCGUCCUCACUGAUAUCUGCGUCCUUCCAGCAUCCCCUCCUGCUGAGCUCCCCUUAUCUGUGAGGUUUUUGGGGUGGCACCGCUUGUGGAUUCCUUCUGUCCCUGCUUGGCCCUGGCAGAAGGGCUCAUCUCAGAGCCAACCCUCUGCCUGUUUGCCUUGGCAUCCCGGGCAGGAUUUGCACGUGAGCCCCUGGAGACAACAAGCAGCUCAGCUCUAAUCCUCUUGGCUUCAGCGCCCGGCUCCCCUUGUGCUGCUCACGGCCUUGAGGCUCGCACCAUGCACACUCUGUGGCUGCAGUGCAGGAGCUGCUGCUCUGCACUCCCCAGGUUUUUUCCACCUAGAGGAGCUCUGGGUGUUGCAAGUCCUCGAAUGACUCCCAAAAAUGUGCUGGGAGAAAAGUAGGUAAGCGGUGAUGGAUGUGCAAGAGGACGAGUGUGCCAUGCAGCGAGCGUGCAAGGUGGAAAGUGCACACGGUGGUGACCAUGCAAUGCGUUGCACAUGAUGAUUGUGCAGUGCAACAAGCAUGCGAGGUGGUGGGAGUGCCACACAAUGGGGAUGCAAAACAAUGAGCAUGCAAGGUGAGGAGAGAGUGACCAUGCAUAGGGACGAACAGGCAAGGUGAUAAGCACAUAAAAGGAUGACCAUGCAAUGUGGUGAACGUGCCAGGUGAGCAUGCUGUGCAGUGAGUGUGCAAUGUGCUCAGCGUGCAAUGCAGAAGCAUGCAAGAGGCUGAGUGUGCAACGCUCAUUUGCUUCGAGGUCUUUGCCAGCCUCAAAGCUGCUGCUUUGCUCCCCGUGCCCCAUCGAACUUCAGGAGCCCUGCAUGAUGUGUGGGACAGGUGGUCAGCCCCACUUGGAGCCUGGUUUUGCAGGACAGGGUUUGGGGCUCCUGUUGGGUUUUGGAGGUGCUGCUGUGCUUUGAGAUCGGGACAGAUUCUGUGCCCCAGUCCCAGGAGGCAGCCGCUCACACUCUGAUUGCCGUUGAUGGCAUUAUCUUUAUUGUGGUUUUCUCCUGCUCUAUUGAGUAAUGGGGGGACGCACCCCAGCUUCUUUAUGGCUUUAUGGCACUGCAGUAAAGGACGUGGGGACACAACGCUUAUUGGGCUGUGGACUCCAGGCACAGCAUGUGGCCAUUUAACAGGUCCAUGCUUUGAGUUUCUAUGACUGAAAAUGGGGGCUGGGUGGGCUAACCCGACGUGGUUCUUCCUGUGCACAGCGUCCUGUGUGGUGCAGCUGUCCCCAGGAGCACCCGUGGUGCCCGGGUAGGGUGCAGCUGGGGCCAACCCAGCAGCACUCCCUGUUAAUGGUUAAUGGGGCCACCGCUAUCGGCGCUGCCAUCAGCUGGGAACGCGCUGUUCCACACCGCCUGUUUGCUCUCAGCCCCAUCUCCCGCAGGGCUCUCCCUUGGGCACGGGGCCGGCUGGGGUGCUGCCGUGUGAGAUAUCCCUUGGGGGUGCCCCGGAGCCUGGAAAGGGACAGGAGCGCACGCAGUCCCUUUCCCCUCACCCCCAUUAUUCCCAAUCCCUUGGGCGGUUUUGGCCAUCUAACAUCUCCCUGGCCUCGCAGUGGUGGAGGUGGGGACGCUGUGGGUCCCCGUAUGUCACCGCAGGGCUCAGAGCCCAUCGUGCCACCUCGUGUCUGGUGGGUGCCCCCCUGCGCUCAGCCCUUUAUCAGCUGUCAGCAUCAGCGGGGCGAUGGGUUUGCUGAUAAGGAGUGUUUUCUUCCUCCCGUGCGAGAGAGAAAAAACAGCAGCAUCGUGACCUGCGGGUGCCCCGGGACAAGGUCGUGUUCCCGUGGGGUCCCUGUAUGGCAGUCCCCAGCCAUCAGAGCGCUACCAUUGGCUAUUGCAGGCUGCGACUCGGGCUUUGGGCAGGCGACAGCGCGGCACUUGGACUCCUUGGGCUUCCGUGUCUUCGCCAGCGUGCUGGAUCCACGCGGCCCUGGUGCCCAGGAGCUGCAGAGGAGCUGCUCGGCCCGGCUCACACUGCUACGCAUGGACCUCACCAAGCCUGAGGACAUCCAGAGCGUCCUGCAGCACAUCCAGACCCACACCAAUGGCACAGGUCUCUGGGGCUUGGUGAACAACGCCGGUUUCAACGACAUCAUUGCCGACGCUGAGCUCUCGCCAUUGGGCAACUUCCGUACCUGCAUGGAGGUGAACUUCUUCGGCUCGCUGGAGCUCACCAAGGGGCUGCUGCCCCUCCUGCGCUCCGCUGGUGGCCGCAUCGUCACCGUCAGCAGCCCAGCAGGUGACCUGCCAUUCCCCUGCCUGGCAGCCUAUGGGGCGUCGAAGGCUGCGCUCAGCUUGCUCAUGGACACGUUUCGCAGUGAGCUGCAGCCCUGGGGUGUCAAAGUCAGCCUCAUCCUGCCCGGGUAUUUCAAAACAGCCACUUGCGACCCAGACUUCUGGAAGCUGCAGAAGGAGCAGCUGGUGGCCCGCCUGCCCCGGGAGCUGCUGCAGGCUUAUGGCGAGGACUACGUGGAGGAGAUCAACCGGCAGUUCAUCCAGUUCAUGAAGGUGGCCGUGGAGGACCUCAGUGCGGUGGUGAACAGCAUCACGGACGGGCUGCUGGCUGCCAACCCGGCCGUGCGCUACUACCCGGGGCAGGGCCUCGGGCUCAUGUAUUUUAUCCACCGCUACCUGCCCUAUUUUGUCCGAGACUUGUUCCUCAAAGGAUUAUUCAUCAACCCCAAGCUGCCCCGAGCGCUGCGGCCGGAACACAAGGACGCCAAGAAGCCCUGACCUCAGCCGCGUGCAGGGCAGCAAUCAGCACUAGACCUAAAACCAAAUCGCUUUUCCCAAAUCAGGCAGAUGCAGAUCUAUUUUCUAUUGUGCGAGAAUCAACGUUUUCUAGAGACUUGGGUGUUUUUUGUAUUAUUAUUAUUGUAU